AUGUCGCGAGGUUAUGGAAAAAACUCGUCAAGUCGAGCUCCACCUAGUGUCAAGUUCAGACGAUCGUCUCUACAGUUAAUGACAAAUGUAGGUAGCAACAUGUAUUAUUGGGCCCACCUGGAGCCAGGGACACACCAUAUUGACCUGGCCCCCACCAAAUUAACUCCUAUGUGGCCCCCACCAAACACAGUUGAAGGUGAACAACAGAAAUCUGGUUUGAAGUAUACUGAAGCAGAUCAUCAGGCAGCUAUUGUACAGAUCAGGCAGCAAUAUAAAGAUGAAAAUCAAAAACUAAAGGUACCAGAUCUCACUGUCAUCUUGAUGUAG